UGCUAUACUACCGAGCCUGACUGCUCAGUCAGAUGAAGCGACUUCUCUAGUUCAGUGAAAGAAAUCGAUUCAAAAGAACAAUUCGUUCAUGAACGGGAGGGACAGAGAGCGGAGAGAUGAGUGAGGGAACGUGUCUACGCAGAAGGGGGGGCCCUUACAAGACCGCCCCAGCCACAGACCUCACACGUUGGCGCCUCACUUGCACAGAGGGCAGGCAAACCUGGCGCUAUGUGGAGGGAGAAGAUCGUCCACAGACUGCCCUGGAGGCACACUCUCUGGGAUUGGAUACGAAUGAUUAUUUUAAGGACUUACCAAAGGCGUUUACUGCCCAAGAUGGAGCCGAAAAUGGACUAACAUUUUACUCUGCUUUACAAGCCGAGGAUGGCCACUGGGCUGGGGAUUAUGGCGGGCCACUCUUCUUAAUGCCAGGUCUUCUGAUUGCAUGCCACGUGACUCAGACCCCCCUCCCUGACGCUACCAAGCAGGAGAUGAUCCGGUACUUGCGAUCCGUACAGCUUCCUGAUGGCGGAUGGGGCCUGCACAUUGAAGAUAAGAGUACUGUGUUUGGCACGGCUCUCAGUUACACUUCUCUGCGCCUUCUUGGAGUGUCACAGGAUGACACAGAUAUAACCCGGGCUCGCAACAAUCUUCACAGUAAAGGAGGUGCCAUUGGUAUUCCUUCUUGGGGAAAAUUUUGGUUAGCUGUGCUCAAUGUGUACAGUUGGGAGGGAAUGAACACGCUAUUCCCAGAGAUGUGGCUCUUACCCCAGUGGUUUCCCGCUCACCCUAGCACCCUUUGGUGUCACUGCCGACAGGUUUACUUGCCCAUGAGCUACUGUUACGCUACACGCUUGAGUGCCCAUGAGGAUGACUUAAUCCGCAGCUUGAGACAAGAGCUGUACGUGCAGGAAUAUAGCAGUAUCAAUUGGCCUGCGCAGAAGAACAAUGUUGCCGCCUGUGAUCUUUACACACCGCACAGUACACUACUUAACUUCGCUUAUGUCCUUUUGAAUCUAUACGAGACGUACCACAUUUCUUCUCUCCGGAGAUAUGCAGUACAUGAAUUGUAUGACCACAUAACAGCAGAUGACCGGUUUACAAAGUGUAUCAGCAUUGGUCCGAUCUCUAAGGUGAUUAAUAUGGUGGUCCGCUGGCAUGUAGAUGGACCAGAAUCUCCUUCAUUCCGGGAACAUGUAGAUCGCAUCCCUGAUUACCUUUGGCUGGGCUUGGAUGGGAUGAAAAUGCAGGGCACAAAUGGAUCUCAGCUCUGGGACACAGCGUUUGCUAUACAGGCAUUCAUGGAGGCUGGAGCCCACAAGAAAAAGCAGUUUCAGAAAUGUUUGGAGAAAGCACAUGAAUUUCUCCGUAUUACACAGGUACCAGAUAACCCACCAGAGUACAAGAAGUACUACAGACAAAUGAACAAGGGAGGGUUUCCUUUCAGCACCCGUGACUGCGGUUGUAUUGUGGCAGACUGUACAGCUGAGGGGCUUAAAUCUGCAAUGUUGCUUCAAGAAAACUGCACUUUCUUAUCUGAACAUAUUCCAAAGAACAGACUACGGGAUGCUGUAGACGUGCUACUCAGUAUGAGGAAUUCUGAUGGGGGAUUUGCUGCCUAUGAAACCAAACGUGGUAGCCGCUUGUUGGAACUGCUUAAUCCCUCUGAAGUGUUUGGGGACAUCAUGAUUGACUACACAUACUUGGAGUGUACUUCUGCCGUAAUGCAAGCUUUGAAACAUUACCAAGCAUGGGACCCAGACUACAGAGCAGAUGAAAUCAGGGAAACCCUCGAGGAAGGCCUGGAUUACUGUCGCAGAAUUCAGAGAAAAGAUGGGUCCUGGGAGGGGUCCUGGGGUGUAUGCUUUACAUACGGCAUAUGGUUUGGACUGGAAGCCUUUGCUUGCAUGGGAUAUGACUACUCAGAUGGUUGUCCAGAGGUCACCCGGGCCUGUGAUUUUCUUCUCUCUCACCAAAUGGAAGAUGGAGGUUGGGGAGAAGAUUUUGAAUCAUGUGAAGAGCAAAGAUAUGUUCAGAGUGCCAACUCUCAAAUACACAACACAUGCUGGGCAUUGCUGGGUCUAAUGGCGGCCAGGUUUCCCAAUGUUACGGUUUUGGAGAGAGGAGUCAAACUGCUACUAGAGAAGCAACAUAGCAAUGGAGACUGGCCUCAGGGAAAUAUAUCAGGUGUCUUUAACAAGACCUGUGCCAUCAGCUACACUGCAUAUCGAAAUGUAUUUCCAAUAUGGACACUUGGACGUUUUUCCCAUCUUUACCCAGAGAAUCCACUAACUGGAGUUCACAAGAGCAGGCAUGGCUGAGGCAGAUAACAGAUCUGGACAGCCACCGUAUACAGAAAUCUCAUAUCUGCUACCCUGUGCAUUUUAUUUUAUUAAUUAA